CCUGCUCGCAGAGCAGACGCAGGAGCUGAUAGGCUGGGCGGCAUCUUGCUGACACGCACGUAGCAUCAGAAAAACACGGGGGCAGUGCCACACUCUUACAUACACAUACGUAGCCGGAGCAGAAGCACGAAGUACUGCAGCAGUGGUUCCAGGUCACUCUCCAGGGAUGGCUCGGAUGCUGGAGCACCAGUUCACCGAAGAGAAGCCUCUGCUGGCUGAACAGAGAGGAGGUCAGGAGACAGACAUGGAAAACUGUGAGCCUUUCAUCUCUGUGGGAGACUGGAAGGAGCACAAAAUAGAGUCUCCCUUUGGGUGGCUGCAUGUGGCGACCCAAGGGGAGCCCAAGGCAAACAAACCUGCCAUCCUGACCUACCACGACGUGGGGCUGAAUCACAAGCUGUGCUUCAACGCCUUGUUCAACUACAAUGGCAUGCAAGAGAUCACGAAGAACUUCAUGGUGUGCCAUGUAGAUGCCCCUGGACAGCAGAGUGGGGCCUCUCAGAUGUCACUGGGGUACCAGUACCCCACUAUGGAUCAGCUUGCAGGCAUGCUGCCCAGUGUGGUCCAGCACUUUGGAAUCAAGAGGAUUCUGGGUAUUGGAGUCGGAGCAGGAGCCUACAUCUUGGCCAGAUUUUCGCUCCUCUUCCCAGAUCUGGUGGAGGGUCUGGUUUUAAUAAACAUCGAUCCCAGUGGCAAAGGCUGGAUUGACUGGGCUACUGGUAAGCUCACAGGGCUAACCAGCACUUUGCCAGAAACCAUCCUGCCACAUCUCUUCAGCCAGGAGGAGCUGACAAACAACACAGAGCUGGUUCGAAGCUACAGACAGCAAAUCAACAGUACGAUUAACAAGUCUAACCUACAGCUCUUCUGGAACAUGUACAACAGCCGGCGGAGUCUGGACAUGAACCGAUCUGGGUCGGUGCUGAAUUCAAAGACACUGCGCUGCCCAGUUAUGCUGGUGGUUGGUGACAAUGCUCCUGCUGAAGAAGGAGUGGUCGAAUGCAACGCCAAACUGGACCCCAGCAAUACCACUUUCCUCAAGAUGGCUGACUCCGGAGGGCUGCCCCAGAUCACACAGCCUGGAAAACUGACUGAAGCUUUUAAGUACUUUCUCCAGGGUAUGGGUUAUGUUACGCAUAUAAGGGAUCGAAGAUUAAGUGGAGGUCCAGUACCCUCUGCCAGCAUGACCCGUCUGGCCCGGUCUCGCACUGCCUCUCUGACUAGUGCCGGUUCCGUGGAUGGUUCUGGCCCAUGAGCGAUCCUGCAACAGGAUGGGGGCAAGGUGCUCUGUGGACGUCCCCAUGAUGGACUCUUUUGCUCAGCCCGUCUCUACCUUCUCUGCAUUACAUACCACCUAUUCUCCAAUGAGGGAGAAAAGCAGAAUUCUCUCUCUCUUUUAGAUUCUGCCCAGUGCCUGACUCUGUCUCAUGAGUACCCUCCAUGUGCCACAAUGUAAAAAGCAUACUAAUCAUGUACCUAAGAAAAACCCAAUUCUUCUUCUCUACCCAGAAAAAAACCUGCUCUAAUCCAUUGCCCAGGGAAACACCCACACUAAUCCUGCAGCCAGGGAAACACCCACACUAAUCCUGUAGCCAGGGAAACACCUGUACUAAUCCUCUAUCCAGGGAAAACCCCUCACUAAUUCUGCAGCCAGGGAAACACCUGCUCUAGAGUGUGUUUCCCAAAAGCUCAUGUUAGUAACAUACACAGUUGCAGUUGCAUCAUUUCAACUAUGUAAGCUGCCUAUAGCCAGGGAAACACCCACGUUAAUCCUCAACCCAGGGAAAUUAAUACUCUAAUCUUGUACCCAGAGAUACACCCGCACAAAUCCUAUACCUGAGAAAUACCCACUUUAAUCCUGGAGAAAGGGAAACACCUGCACUAAUCCUCUAUCCAGGAAAAUACCGACUCUAAUCAUGUGCCCAAUAAAUACCUGCUCAAAUCUUGCACCUGGGGAAAUACCUGCUCUAAUCCUGCACCCAGGAAACACCCACAAUAAUCCUGUACCCAGGAAACACCCACAAUAACUCUGAACCUACAUCUGUAUCAGGAAAACCCCACAAACACACCUGUAUAUUAGGAAACCCUUUCCUUUAGUGAUUCAAAAGAUUCAAAGGUGGUUAUAAUGUAUUACAUUAUUCUUAUUGUUCUGAUUAUUUUGUCCUGGUGGUUCUAUUAGCAAACACACCCUUGAAUAUGGCCACGACCACAAUGACUCCAAGGUGACCUACUGCACUUCUUUAAACAGCUCUGUGGAUGUAAAUGUACCGCUGUCCCAAUCCUCAAAUAAAGGCCAGGCAGAGCGGACAGAGAAA